CUAUGUGCUCUUAUCAUCUGUCGAGUUUGAGAGAGAGAGGGUGAGGAGGCCGUAGAUGAAAGAGAGUAAGGGGAGGGCGGUGGUGGUCGGAGGGAGCAUAGCAGGAGUAUGCUCCGCGCACGCCCUGUUAUCGGCGGGGUGGGAAGUUAUGGUGCUGGAGAAAACCACCGCUCCUCCUACCGGAAGUCCAACGGGCGCCGGGCUAGGCCUCGAUCCGUUGGCUCGAAGAAUAAUCAAUUCAUGGCUUCCACAGCAACAAUCCGAUAAUCUUCUCAACACUCAUACCUUACCCCUCACAAUCGAUCAGAACCAAGCCACCGAUGUAGAGAAAAAAAUCAGUCGCGUGUUGACAAGAGAUGAGAGCUUCAAUUUCAGGGCUGCGUACUGGUCUGAUCUUCAUGGAAAAAUGAUUGAGAUUGUUGGGGAUUUGCUAGUUGCGGCAGAUGGUUGUAUGUCUUCAAUUCGCCAGACAUUCCUUCCUGACCUCAAAUUGAGGUACUCUGGUUACUGUGCUUGGAGAGGGGUUUUGGAUCUUUCAGAUGAUGAAAAAUCAGAAAUUUUAGUUGACUUGAAAAAAGUUUACCCAGAUUUGGGGAAUUGCCUAUAUUUUGACUUGGGUAAUGGAACUCAUAGCGUUUUUUAUGAGCUUCUGAACAAAAGGAUCAAUUGGAUUUGGUAUGUUAAUCAACCAGAGCCACAACUUAAGGGGAAUUCUGUAACUAUGAAAGUAAGCAACAACAUGAUCAAGAAAAUGCAAGAGGAAGCACAAAAAGUAUGGGUACCUGAACUUGCAACAAUCAUAAAAGAAACCAAACAACCAUUUUUAAACGUCAUAUACGAUUGCAACCCUUUAAAACAAAUUGUGUGGGGCCCAGUGGUGCUUAUUGGAGACGCGGCCCACCCAACAACACCACAUGGUUUGAGAAGCACAAACAUGUCUAUCUUAGAUGCAUCAGUUUUAGGUCAAUGUCUUAUGAAAUCAGGAGUUGAAAACUUAGUGGCUCGUUUACAAGAAUAUCAGUCGAUUAGGGUUCCAGUUACUUCAAAACAAGUCUUAUAUUCACGAAGAUUGGGUCGGAUUAAACAGGGACUGGUUUUGGAUAAUGGGAAGGUUUUUGAUCCGAAAAAUGCUACUUUAGAAGAAUUUCAACAGAAAAAUAUGCCGGGCUUUGAUGAUGUGCCUUUGGGUUUGAGUACUACAAUGGAUGCAAGUAAAUAUAGCUCGAAAUUGUAGAAGUGUUGUAAUUAAAUAGGUUGUUAGUUAUGAUCAUGUAUAAUUAGCAAUGUUGUACAAUUCAUUUUGACCAGUAAUAUUUCACUAUACAUACAAAUAAGAGAAAAAGACAACCACAAAUUUCAAAAC